UAGACUACAAAUCCCAAGAGCUCCGAGUCUGCUCAUCUUUCCAGAAAAGCGUCGUAAAAUGUAGGAUCAUACAACUUCUCGUGCAAACUGUCUCUAGGUAUUUUCACGCGUUUUAAGCAAAACUGACUUUCAGCAUCUGAGAAGGGGUGAAAGAUUGUUUGUCCAUCCACACUGCUCAGCUGCAGUGGUCAUUUCACCUACAUGUCUUUGUCGGCCACCUGAGGAUGCAGAGCCCCAGAUCAGGAAGCGAGUUGGAGUUCCUUGUGUUUUCCCACCAUGCAAACUUUAAUAACCCUAACUUGAGCACAAUUUGUGGGCCAAACAAAGGCUCACAUCAUUUGACUGGAGGACCCAUGCCAAAUGCAAGCUGGGAGAGAAGAUGUAUGAGGAAGCAAAGAAGGAGGACGGAUGAUGGAAGCUGCAGUCCAAAAAGGCCAAAGCUGAUGGGAGAGGAAGAAGAAGAUGUGGCCGAGCAACCAAGUCCUAAAGUGAGACGGGGAUGGUCUGUGGACUCCAUCGCCACUUCUCCUUCCACAGAGUCCAGCUUGGUUCAGCGACAGACUGAACCCAGGGCAGUGCUGAGAAGUCUGCCCUUUACAGCUUCUCCUUCCCCAAUACGCAAAGUUCAUACAGAGGGGUCAGGCAUGGAGGUAGAGGCUGCUCAAAGGAGACUGCAGGAGAUCGAAGAUAGGAUAACUUUGGAAGAUGACAGUGAUGAGGAGGAGUUGGAUGUUGAACCAGCUCAGCGCAGACCAGUGCUGGUGUUAUCUGACAGCUUGAGGGAGGGGCUUCAGCGAGGGAUUGCUGACAUUCUGCCCCAUACAGUAGCACAGUCAAUGAACCACUCUUGUAUGGAACUGGUGUUAUGGCGCCCCCCAGAGGACCCUCUCACCCAGAGGCUAAAAGACACAUUACAAAGACAGCAGCGCAAGCAGCUAAACAGACAGACCCCUACACCCAUACCAUUGGUCAGCAACCCUAUCAGCCCCCCGUCCCAGCCCCAGUUCACAGCAACCAAUGAGCAAACUUUCAGUCCCCUGUUCAGCAGCCCUUCGGACCCUAACUCUGGAGAAGAAGACAUGGAGUUGUAGGGAAUCUAUAAACAGUUUGUAGUCUGA